AUGGAAAUUGUUCUUGGCUGCAUGGAUCUUGAGCUUGCACUAAGGGUGGAGAAACCCGCUUCUCCUACGGAAUCUAGUACCUCUGAACAGAGGAAAGAUUAUGAGAAGUGGGAUCGCUCCAAUCGCAUGAGUCUUAUGAUCAUUAAGCACGGCAUUCCUGAGGUCUUUAGGGGUACUAUCUCGGAAGAGAUAAAAGGUGCCAAAGAUUUCCUUGCUGAAAUUGAAAAGCGCUUUGCAAAAAGCGAUAAGGCGGAAACAAGUACUCUUCUUCAGAACUUGAUUUCCAUGAAAUAUCAGGGCAAAGGAAAUAUAAGGGAAUACAUUAUGGGCAUGUCAAAUAUUGCUUCAAAACUUAAGGCGCUAAAGCUUGAGCUGUCGGAUGACUUGCUCAUUCAUUUAGUAUUUCUUUCUCUUCCUGCACAAUUCAGUCAGUUUAAGAUAUCUUAUAACUGUCAAAAGGAGAAAUGGUCUCUUAACGAGCUCAUUUCAUUUUGUGUGCAAGAAGAGGAAAGGUUGAAGCAAGAAAGGAAAGAAAGUGCUCAUUUUGUUAGCACCUCUAAAGACAAGGCCAAAAGAAAGAAAACUGUUGAGCCCAAGAAUGAAGCUGCUGAUGCUCCAGCACAAAAGAAACAGAAAGAGGAUGAUACCUGUUACUUUUGCAAUGUGUCUGGGCAUAUGAAAAAGAAAUGUACUAAAUAUCACGCUUGGCGUGCAAGGAAAGGGUUGCCUAAGCUACCGGAAGCCAAAUGAUGUUGAAAGAUACAUCUAUGUUGGAGAUGGCAAGACGGUGGAGGUGGAAGCUAUAGGGCAUUUUAGAUUAUUAUUGUGUACUGGAUUUUAUUUGGAUUUGAAAGACACUUUUGUGGUACCGUCAUUUAGACGGAAUUUAAUUUCAGUUUCUAAUUUGGACAAAUCAGGUUAUUCAUGUUCAUUUGGAAACAGUAAAGCUGAGUUGUCUUUUAAUUCAAAUAUUGUUGGAACCGGUUCA